GGAUAUGAGAGCAAACGUUUCCGCCGGAGAACGGAAAAUCCUCAGUUCUUGGACCAGUCCCGGAGACCCUUCUCCGGGGAGAUUCUCCAUGGGGAUCGACCCGAGAGCAUCGCCGCAGAUCGUGGUAUGGGACGGAGAUAAACGGAGAUGGCGAAGCGGCCACUGGAACAGAGUGAACUUCCUCGGAUUACCGAAUCUGAGGGCAAUUUCGAGAUUCGGGUUUAAUGUGUAUGGUGACAAUGGCGGCUACAUCGAAUACACACCGUCCAACACUUCAAAUUUCAUAAGGUUUACAAUUGAUUGGGAAGGGAACGAGGUGCAACAGAGGUGGGACGAAAGCACAAAGCAAUGGAAAGAGAUUCAAUCUCAGCCCGCUGAUGAUCCCUGCGGCUUCUACAACCGUUGUGGGAAAUUUUCAAAAUGCGUUACUUCAUCGGCUCCGCCGAAGUUUGAUUGCAACUGCGUGGACGGAUUUGUGCCCGGCAAGGGGGGCUGCGUCAGGAGGACUAAAUUGCAAUGCGGGAGGAACAGCAGUGAAGGCGAUGGCGGGAAGGAUGGGUUUCGCGAAGUUGCUCAUAUCAAAUUGCCAGAUUUUGCAGAUGCUGAGAGCGAUGCUGGGGAUGAAGAAGAGUGCAGAAAGAAGUGUGAAGAGGAUUGCAGUUGCAAUGCAUUUGCUUUUGUCUAUGGUAUCUCUUGCAUGAUAUGGAGGACUGAUUUGGUUGAUAUGCAGCAGUUUGAAAAGGGGAGUGGGAGCACCCUGUUUCUGCGCCUUGCUCACUCUGAAUUAGGUGAUAAAAAGAAGAGAAGGACAAUUAUUGUUGCAACCGCUGUCACGGCUGCAGCUUCUGCAACAAUCCUUGUUUCCUUAGCCAUUUGGAUAUUUUAUAAGCGGAAAUCAAAACGGAAGAAGGAUGAAAUGGUGCAAAGUGAGCUGCCUAGCAGUGGCGAAUCCUCCACGGAUUUGUCAGAGGGGCCAUGUCCACUUGCUGUCGAAGGGAAUCACGGAACUGGAUCGGACCUCGCGAUCUUCACCUUUAGCGCCAUGGCAACAGCUACUAAUCACUUUUCACACGAAAACAAGUUGGGUCAAGGAGGAUUUGGCCAUGUUUACAAGGGAGUGCUACCAUGUGGUCAAGAAGUAGCUGUGAAACGGCUCUCAAGAAAGUCUGGCCAAGGCAUGCAGGAGUUCAAAAAUGAGCUUACAGUGAUAGCUAAAUUACAACACAGAAAUCUUGUUAGACUUUUAGGUUGUUGCGUUGAGGGAGAAGAAAAGAUGCUGCUCUACGAGUACAUGCCAAACAAGAGCUUAGACUCUCUCAUAUUUGAUUCAGUAAAAAGGGGAGAGCUGAACUGGAGAAAACGUUACCAAAUCAUUGAAGAGAUUGCACGAGGGUUGCUAUAUCUUCAUCGGGAUUCGAGAUUAAGGAUAAUUCACAGAGACUUGAAGGCAAGUAACAUUCUACUCGAUAGCGAGAUGAACCCAAAAAUUUCAGACUUUGGCAUGGCUAGAAUAUUUGGAGGUAACCAAAAUGAAGAGAAUACAAACAGGGUUGUAGGCACAUAUGGCUAUAUGGCUCCGGAGUAUGCAAUGGAAGGCUUAUUUUCAGUGAAAUCUGAUGUGUACAGCUUUGGCGUCUUGCUAUUAGAGAUCGUUAGUGGUCGAAGGAACAAUACUUUUCGCUCUGGCUGCCACUCGGGAAUUGUAGAAUAUGCAUGGGAUCAAUGGGAUCAAGGAAAACCAAUGAACCUAAUGGACCCUUUAAUCUUUAGUUCAUGUGUACCACCACAAGUGUUGAGAUGCAUACAAAUAGGCCUGCUUUGCGUUCAAGACUUGGCCGUUCACAGGCCAAACAUGUCAGCAAUUGUAUUGUUUCUUGAGACAGACAAUGUAAUUCUGCCAGCACCUAAACCGCCUACCUAUACAGCAUCCAUGAGAAGAUUAGAUCGUGUUGAUUCCUGGAAUCAGGAUGACGAUCUUCUUAGUUCGAAUAGCCUCACUCUUAGUGUUAUAGUUGGUAGAUGAAUUUGUUACUUUUCUUCUUUUAUUUAUUUUUACCUCAUCAUGUGAGGCUUCAUACUACAUAGGACAGAGGGAUAAAUUUUGUCAUUUUAUUAUACCCAGUACUAGGCAACUGACUAACAUUUUGUAAAGCAUAAUUCUUGUAAAAUAUUUCACUCUUAUAAAGACAAGAACCUCAUUGAAAAUUUAUUGAGGACUUUUUGCUGCACGACUCCACAUUUUUUUCAAAUCAG